AUGCUAAUAAGCACACCAUCGUGUGGAAAUGAAAAUAAGUUCCUGUGCCCGAAACUGGAGGAACAAGUUCCUGUGCCCGAAACUGGAGGAACAAAGACACCAAAGUGUGUAAAUGAAGUAAGCCAAAGUGCACUUCAAAAUAAGUUCCUGUGCCCGAAACUGGAGGAACAAGUUCCUGUGCCCGAAACUGGAGGAACAAAGACACCAAAGUGUGUAAAUGAAGUAAGCCAAAGUGCACUUCAAAAUAAGUUCCUGUGCCCGAAACUGGAGGAACAAGUUCCUGUGCCCGAAACUGGAGGAACAGUAGAUGUCUUCACCAUUAGUACCAGGUUGGACUCAUUACAAGUGAGAUCCCGUCAGGGGAAAAGGUGGAACAUCUAG